AUGAACGGCAAGGUCGGCGUCGUCGUCUCCGCGAGCGUUUCGACGGGCCGCUUCGGCGUGCGCGUGGCGGGCGAGGCCAAGGCACUCGCACUGAGGCGCGCACUGCAAUGGCCGGCCAACCUACAGCCAGCGGCCGAGGCGGUGGAGGUGGGCAGGCUGGUCCUCAAGGCAGAGGAGUGGUCGCCGCGGUCGCACGAGCUCUUCCCAACAGCGGCUCGCAAGCGGGCGGUCGAGGUGAUGCGGCUGGGCUACCUGAUCGCUUGGGACGAGGAGCGCUUCGAUAGCCGCGAGGGAGCGGCUCCAGAGCUGGCGGACAUCUGGCGCGGCUUUGUGCUGCCAAGGGUGGUGGGGCGAUGA